UGAGGCAGCUCUGAGGGGGUCCCAGCAGCACAUGGGGACCUCAGAGCCCUUGGGGGCAGGUAGGGACACGGGGGGGUGAGAGGCUUCUGGUGCUGCUGGAGGAGCAUCUCCCACUCCACCUGCUGAAUGGUGCCUCAGUUUUCCCCUUCCAUCCCAGUUCCCAAACUAUAGCCCAGCAUUUCCCUCUGCCCCACAGCCCCUAUCCCUGCAAGCCACUUGGUUUGCCAGAGGGGACACUAAGGGGUCCCAGUGCUCUCUGUUCCCCCACCUUCACCACCUUUUGGCUGUGCUGCCCAUCCCCAGCCAGCAAUCUCAGCACACAGCACCUGCUGCCAGCCGGUCCCGUGCACCACAUGAUGUUGGUUCCUUCCCUCCCCUGGGGAGGGCCCAGGUUUGGGCUUAAAGCCGAGCUCAUCCCCAUGAGGAGCUGUGAUGAUGGGUGUGCUGGGCUGGAUCGUGGCUGCCUUGCUCGGCAGCUCCAUGCGGGGGCACGAUGAUGCGCUCUCCCAUCCGCACCCCGACUUUGGUUCCAUCUACCACGUGCGAGGGGUUAUCAGUCUGCCCUAUGCUGAAAUCGAGGAGCCCUUUGAAGCCUGGUACAACCUGACAGGGAACAAGAGCCGGAUUCAGUACUAUGGGGGGCAGGUGAUCACAUACCAGCUGGCCGGGGUGAAGCCCUAUGGGAUGCGCUACAAAAUCACCCCCGAGACCACCGAGAAGGAGGUGAACACCAGGAAAUGCUUCCAGCUGCCUGGCUCCAAAGAGGACGUGGUCAAAGCUCAGAGUGUCUUCCCCAGCUUGGAUGGCUUCAAGUUCCUGCGGGAGGAAUACUACCAGGGCCGGUACUGCGCUGUGUGGCAGAACGUCACCCAUUGGGAGCAGAAGAAGAAUGUCUACACACUAUGGGUGACCAACUCCAGCUGCGGGGUGGCCCCGGUGCACUACGAGAUGCACGGCUACAACAGCCUGCUGGGCUCCCACUACGACAAGUAUGAGAUCUCCUACACCGAAUUCGACAACAGCUUCCCUCCAUCCGUCUUCGACAUCCCAGUGAAUGAGACAAAGAAGUGCGGGCUGCUGCCAGGGAGCGUGGCAGAGCACCGUGUGCUGGCCAACCCCAUGGAGGACCUGGUGGGGCGGCACCAGCCGUGGGCACACGAGGUGUUCCAUCACUACCGCCGGCGCUUCGGGAAGCAGUACGGCUCAGCAUGGGAGAUGGAGCACCGCAAGCACAUCUUUGUGCACAACAUGAGGUUUGUGCACUCCAAGAACCGCGCUGCGCUCUCCUACUCGCUGGCGCUGAACCACCUGGCUGACCGCACAGCACAGGAGAUGGCUGCAAUGCGGGGACGGCGCCGGAGCGGGGACCCCAACCAUGGGCUGCCCUUCCCUGCUGAGCACUACAUUGGAAUCAUCCUGCCCGAGAGCCUGGACUGGAGGAUGUACGGCGCCGUGACCCCAGUGAAGGACCAGGCUGUUUGUGGGUCCUGCUGGAGCUUCGCCACCACGGGCGCCAUGGAGGGGGCCCUAUUCCUCAAGACAGGAGUGCUGACCCCGCUGUCCCAGCAAGUCCUCAUCGACUGCUCCUGGGGCUUUGGGAACUACGCGUGUGAUGGGGGUGAGGAGUGGAGAGCCUACGAGUGGAUCAAGAAGCACGGCGGCAUCGCCAGCACCGAGUCCUACGGCACCUACAAGGGGCAGAAUGGCUUGUGCCACUACAACCAGUCUGAGAUGCUGGGCAAGAUCACGGGCUACGUCAACGUCACCUCAGGCAACAUCACAGCGGUCAAAACUGCCAUCUACAAGCACGGCCCCGUGGCUGUCAGCAUCGAUGCCUCGCACAAGAGCUUCUCCUUCUAUUCCAAUGGGAUCUACUACGAGCCCAAGUGCGCAAACAAGCCAGGACAGCUGGACCACGCAGUGCUGGCUGUGGGCUAUGGCGUCCUGCAGGGAGAGACCUACUGGCUCAUCAAGAACUCCUGGUCCACCUACUGGGGCAAUGAUGGCUACAUCCUCAUGGCCAUGAAGGACAACAACUGUGGUGUGGCCACUGAGGCCACCUACCCCAUUCUGGCCUAAGACAGAGCAGAGCCUUUGAUGGUGCUCCCAACGCAUACCCCUGGAUCAUAACCUUCGGUGGGACCUCCUGGUGGAGGAUGAAGAUGGGGAUGUGGUGGGACAGGACAGUGGGGUGCUGGAAAAGCAGCCAUGGGCUUGCCAAUAAAGACCCUGGAAAAACACAAUUU